AUGGGUAUUCCCAUUCUUGGAUGGCCCUAUUUCUGUGAUCAGUUUCUGGACUGCCGCUUCUGCAAGGAUGUGUGGAAGAUUGGCAUUGACUUGGAAGGCGUGGACGUUGAUGAAAAUGUGGUGAUCAAAAGCGAGAAGAUAGAGAAAGGCGUGAGGAGACUGAUGGAGGGUAAGGAAGCGCAGGAGCUGAGAAAAAGGGGCAUGGAGUUGAAGGAGGCGGCAUUUAAAGCUGUUGGGGAGACAGGUUCUUCUUUUAUGAAUUUGAACAGGUUUAUUCAUGACAUGACACAACUUUCCAAAUCGGCUUCUGUUAGAUCGGCGUAG